ACAGCCAGAAGGUGGUGCUGUUGAACUCAGGCUGAACUCCAGCUACGCAUGGAUUCCUCUGAAGAACAGGAUGUCAAGUCAAGGAGCAGGAGGAGGAGGAGGACAUGCUGGGACUGGCAGGUCGGCCGGAGGUGGAGCCUCAGAGACAGGAACCUGUUUGAAAGAUUCAGAAUCAGAGAAAAACUGGAUCAGGAUGUUUGGAUCUAACUUCUUAUGCAGGGUCACUGAGAAUCAGCGGUGACCUUUGACCCCUCACCUUCAGAGCCAUCUAUCUGAGGGGGCGGGGCCUGGGGAGAUCAGCGAGGGAAAAAUGGCAGCGACCUCCAAGGUGCCGAGCAAAGGUCUUGGUCUGGUUCUGGUGGAGUUUGAGUAUGAGUACAAAGAUCAGAACGGGGUUCUGGUCACCAUCAAACCCAAUGAGCGCUACGUCCUGCUGGCCAAGACCAAUGACCACUGGUGGCACGUCCGGAAUGACAGCAGCUCCAAAGUCUUCUACAUUCCGGCCAAGUACGUGAAGGAGCUACCCACCGACUUCCCGUCCCUAUUGGACUUUGCUGACAAACCCGGUCCAGAACCGGUCCCUCAUCCUGUGGUGGCUCCAGUUCCUGUUCCUGUUCCUGUCCCGGUUCCAAAGAGUCUGGAGGAGCCUGGAGGAAGCAGAACCAAGCAAAAUGAUGAGGUGACAAUCCGCCUCAGACCCGACUCUUCCAACCGGCACCACCGCAAUGAGAACCGCAUGUCCACUUUCGGCGUACCUCUAGACUUACCGGACCUGGCACAUGUAUCGCCGAGGGUCCGUACAAACCACUCUGCUGGUUCUGCUGAAACCGGAACCACAGCUUCCACUGGGACUACAAACAUGGCUGACAGUAAAAAGCAGCCCCACGUCAAGGGGCACCAUGAGGACCAACAGGAUCCUGGGAAACCGCGGGUCCCCAGCUUCAGUCCGGCAGACCCGCGGACAUCCAGCCGGCAUCAGAACCAGCCCAUCCCUGUGGAGAUGCCCGUGGUUCCCCCUCACAGCAAAAUGUCUGAGGGUCGUCAUGACAACAAGCAGCAGAAAGAGGAGCCAGAGGAGGAGGAGGAGGUGGCUGAGGAGGCAACAACAUCAGAGAGCAGCGAGGAAGAGGAGGAGUGUCGAGGUCACCACAUCUACGAGUCCAUCCAGGACCUGAAUCUGGACCUGGAGGCUCUGAGACUCCAGAAGGCUCCAUCAGCAGCACCUGAGUCCUCACUUCCUGCUGCGGCUCCGCCCUCCUCAAAGUUUUCUCCUGCAGACAACGUGUUUGGCUGCCACCUGGACGUUCUCUGUCACAGGGAAACCUCCAUCGUUCCCAAGUUUGUGGAGAAAUGCAUCAAAACCGUGGAGAGGAGAGGUCUGGAUGUUGAUGGGAUCUACAGAGUGAGUGGGAACCUGGCUGUGAUCCAGAGACUCCGACAUAAAGCCGAUCACGAGGAACAUUUGGACCUGGAGGACGGACAGUGGGAGGAAAUCCACGUGAUCACUGGAGCACUGAAGCUCUUCUUCAGGGAGCUUCCAGAACCGUUGUUUCCCUUCUGCUGCUUUGACAAGUUCAUCGCUGCCAUCCAACUUUCUGACUACAGCCAGAGGGUUUCUUACACAAAGGACCUGGUCCGCUCUCUGCCGCUGCCCAACUACGAAACCAUGAAGCUGCUUUUCAAACACCUGCGCAGGGUCAUCGACCACAAAGACUCCAACAGGAUGUCUGUUCAGAGCGUCGCCAUCGUGUUUGGGCCCACGCUGCUCCGGCCGCAGAUCGAGUCCGCCAACAUGACAGUCCACAUGGUCUUCCAGAGCCAGAUCGUCGAGCUCAUGCUCAACAAAUUCAAUGAGAUCUUCGCUGAGACGUAGGAGGUGGUCCACUGUCACCUUCCAGAACCCUCUGGCAACAUAUGCUAACUGAACAACAAUGUCUCAAAACCUGUAGGACAACAAGCAUAUAUUCUCUAUUAGGGAGAACCUAAAACCACAGGACUAAUACCAUCAAAAACUCUGUUUCUGAUGCUUCUGAAAGAGGUUUCUGUUGAAGAACCAAACCAACUGGACCUAGAGUCACCUGAACCGCUAAAGGGACAUCACAGACUGAGUUCUAUUUGAGACUCUAGAUUGGAAACCUCCUGGAAACUGCACACCUGAGAGAAACCUCUAGAACCUUCUGAGAAAUAUCUGUCGAACUGCCUAGAAUCCCCCUUGUAGAAUCAAAGUCCAAACAGUUGAAGCUGGAACGUAGAACCUGAAUCUCAUUGGAACCUGCUCUAAAGUCACUGGGAUCCUUCCAGAACCUCCAUGUUGCAUUGACCCAAGUUAAUAAAGGACCAGUUCUCUUCAGAAAUGCACCAGUAGCAGAUGGCUGUUUCUCACAGCAUGAAGCUCAUGUUGAAGAUCUGCUUCGUCAGGAGGAGGUUCGUCACUUUAAUGUCAGUUUCAUGUACGUAGAGGCCAAUGAUGGCAUGAAGAUCAAGUGGGAAAUCUGAGAACCUAUAUCUGGAAUUUUAAAAUUUAAAUGGGAUCAGUCAGUUCGGAUCAUUCCUUUACGUCAGUGUCAGGUUUGUGUUUAUCCGGAUUCAUCGUGUUAAACACCGGAUCAGUUCAGAUUUAAUUUCUAAAAUGUUUUUUUGUUUAUAUAUAUAUAUAUAUAUAUAUAUAUAUAUAUAUAAGAAUUGUCAUUAUUCUUCUGGUUUCAAAGGAAUCAUUUAAUCAUUUCCAGCGUUUCAACAUAUCCUGGAUUUGGGAGUAGAAACAUGUGGCUCUUAAAAAGAGACAGAAGAUUCAUGAAAGGUUGAUAAAUCUGAGGAUGGUGUUGUAAAUGUUCAGUGGUUCCAAGAUGCUUCCCUGAGGGACUCCCAAAAGUCCAGAGAACAAACUACUUUAGAUGGUCUAUAGGGUGGAGUCUUCCAGGAACAUUUCUGCUGUAAUGAGCUUUGUUACGGAUCUGCUGCACAUUCGCUGUUUGUUUUAUAUUGUUUAAAUGUAUUAGAGACACGGAACAAGGUAAACACAGAAUAUACAGUUUCUGUAAAUAAAAAGGAAUUUUACUGAGUUUUAUUAUAAAUAAAGUCAUUGUUAAACCAGGAA